CCAACUCACGUAACAUUCGAUCUCUCGGAAGUUAUAAUAUUUGGUUGUUCUAUGAAACUUCUUAUUAUUGAGCUAAAAGUUGGAAUUUUUGCACACAGAGCCUUAAGACUGCUGUAGAUGAUUGCAGUUAUCGGGAUUAGAUUUCCAUAUUAAUAUCACUCAAUAUUGAGUUGCUGAAUAGAUUUGCUAUGAACUUGAAAGCUUCCAUUGCUUUUUAGUUUAUCUUGCAAAUUCUUGAGAUAAGGUUCCAUUUUAAGGUCAAAGCCAACGCAAGCUUGGAAAUGGCGUUGAGUCCUCUCAGAAAACCUGAAAAACAUAAAGAAUUUAUCGACAAAAUGGGUUUACAACUUGAACGAUUUCCAACGAGUGGUGGAUAUUGUCGAUCUUGCAAAAACUUACAACUGUGUGGAUUGGGAUUUCAACACCUUCUGAUGUUUAAACCGGGUUAAGAGAAAGGUUGAUAGGUUGGACAAGAGGGUUCUCUCCCCAUGUCAUAUUUCAUCAAGGAAAUUUCACCUUGGUUCUUUCCUUUCUUGUUUAAGCUUUUAAAGAUGCUUGCUCAGUGGCCUAGUUAGCAUAGCCAUUCAUGGAUGAAUUAGAUGGGGCCUUUCAUGCAGGUUAUUUUUCCAUGCUUGAGAUAAUUCCGGGUUUAAAUUAUAUCUCAGGGCCUUCAAUAAUUGGCAAUCAACCAUGUCUUUGUUUUAUUUAGCAGAGCCACUGGAUCUUCCUGAUGUUUCAUCUGUUAUUUUUUGCACUUAUCUUCUUUUGCCUGAAGAUUAUAUUUAUAUUAGAUUACAAUGAAAAUAUUGUUUUUUCCUUUAACUUGACAUGAUAUUGAACUCGGGGAUUCUCAAUUGAAUGAAUAUUGAGAAUAGUAUUGCCACCACCAUCACUAAGAUCAUGUCCACAUACUUAAGUAAAAUAUCAUCAAAAAAAAAAAAGAGAGAGAGAGGAGAGUUUUUCUAAGUUUAAGACUAUAAUAAUCUUUAUAAGCUUUUUCAGCCCCUGGAAUUAUGCUGAUAUUGUUAUUCUGUCUAGUGCAUCUCCAUGAGAAACAAGUUUGGGUAUUUAUGAAUAGAAAAGAAAUCUUUAAAGAAUCAUACAAGGAAAAUCACAGGUGAAACAUCAAAAUGUUACAUAUCAUUUUACAAAUCUAUACUAAAUUAUUUUGGAACCUGGUGGAGCUGUGAUGUUGAUGGAAAACAGAUGUGUUGGAAGGAUGGUGACUGAGAACUUCACCAUGAAAUUCAUCUUCCUCAUUGGUGAUCAAUUGUUUCAAAAACUGAUUCCAAAUCCAAAGAACCCUUGAAAAACUCAUGUUCUCCUGACCGGUCAUCUUCAUGAGGAUCCCUACAGAGGAAAACCUUCAUAUAUGGAGUUGGGUGUUCCAAGAAAGGACAAGUGUUUGGUUGUGGGUUUGAGCAUGGAGUGCUUUGGUAUACUUGCUGAGACUUAGAAACUUGUCCAUCCCACUUUUCUGAAUAGAAGCAAGUUCAGACUAUAUAAAAUGCAUGAUUAAGUGGGUCUUUUUUCUUUUUACAGUUAAUGGUUUUGAAGUGAGAAAUAUUAAGAUUUCCAAGACAGUUGAUUGAAAGGAAGCUAAUUUCAAUUAUUAGUAGAAAGAAGGUGGAUUUUAGGGGCUCUGUCUUACUCCAUAAUUUGUUUGAAAGUUCGGGUCUGCAGUCAACCCUUACCUCUUGCUGUAUGCGUAUGGUCUGCAGCAAUUCCAAAUGGUAUUUACAGAAGGCUUAAGAAGAAGCAAAUUAUGGCGCACUUCAAGGAAAACCAGUGCCUGCUGCCUGUUUGGCACCACAACGUUCAGUGGAAUCCGAUCAUCUUUUAAUGCUCCGGCUGGUCCAGAUUUAUCCAGAUGCCUGCAAACACCUGAACUGCUUAUACCUCAGAGCUUACAAACAGCCAUCUCCAACUACUCGCAGGCUUUGGUAGUAGCAGAUCUGGACCCAUCUACAGUAAAGUUGGCAAUUGGGAUCACAGGCCCUUUCUUUUCAGCGUUUGGCUUUUUAUUUGUCCUGCGGAUAGUUAUGUCUUGGUAUCCAAAGCUCCCAGUUGGGAAGUUCCCAUAUGUCAUUGGCAUUGCACCUACAGAACCACUCCUCAGAGUCACAAGGAAGCUGAUACCUCCUCUUGGUGGGGUGGAUGUAACCCCUGUGGUCUGGUUUGGAUUGAUUAGCUUCUUAAACGAAAUAUUAGUCGGCCCUCAAGGGUUACUUGUGCUCUUAUCUCAACAAGUUUAGGCAGUAGAUGUGUAUGCAAAGAAGUAAUUGAAAAUUGUUCACAGAGAGUGACAAACACAAAACAUUGUAAACUGAAUGAACCGAGAUUUGAUUAUCUUCAUUCAUCAAGAACAAAAAGUCUGUCCAAAUCAAAUCUUUUCUAUCA